CGAAGAGGCACACGAAACGGGUGGAAGACAUCCGCGGGCUCAGUGACACGCGAGCGCCAAUCGGCACCGUACCGAUUUCUCUCCCGGCGUGCGAACCCAAAUCCAUACACGAGAGGGAGAGAUAGAUCGAUCGAUAGACGCGCGUUCGCUUCUCGCGAUUUAAUCGCGCGAGACCUCUUGUGCGGCACACGCUGAGAAACACAAUCGUCUUCGCCGUGCUCAGAUACGUCGCACAUACGUCGGCUUAACUCGAUCGAUCCUCGGGAUUCGCGGAGAUGAAGGCCGGCGCAAUGUGGCCUGGAGCACUCCCGUUACUGGUGUUACUAGCGGUCCUGCUGCAUCCAUCGAGAUGUACGCAGGGAAAGGUGAACUUCCGAGAGAAAGAGAAGCAAGUGCUGGACAACAUUCUAGGACCAGGCCGGUACGAUGCGCGCAUCCGGCCGAGCGGGGAGAACGGAACAGAUGGGCCCGCGGUUGUCCGCGUCAACAUAUUUGUUCGAAGUAUCUCAAAAAUAGAUGACGUUACGAUGGAAACAGGGACUUGGCCGGCGGAGGGAAAAGCGGUCCAGACGGAAUACUCCGUACAAUUAACAUUUCGGGAACAAUGGUUGGAUGAGAGAUUACGGUUUAAUGACUUCGGAGGUCGACUUAAAUACUUGACUCUGACGGAGGCUAAUCGCGUCUGGAUGCCGGAUCUGUUCUUCUCGAACGAGAAGGAGGGUCAUUUCCACAACAUCAUUAUGCCGAACGUAUACAUACGAAUCUUCCCAAACGGCUCCGUUCUUUAUAGCAUACGGAUAUCCUUGACGCUGUCCUGUCCCAUGAAUUUGAAACUGUAUCCCUUGGAUCGACAAAUUUGCUCACUUCGCAUGGCCAGCUACGGAUGGACGACGAACGACUUGGUAUUCCUCUGGAAGGAGGGCGAUCCUGUUCAAGUGGUGAAGAAUUUACAUCUACCCAGGUUUACUCUGGAAAAGUUUCUUACGGACUACUGCAAUAGUAAAACGAACACCGGAGAGUACAGCUGCUUGAAGGUGGACCUGCUGUUCAAGAGGGAAUUCAGUUACUACCUGAUCCAAAUCUACAUCCCGUGCUGCAUGCUCGUUAUCGUGUCCUGGGUGUCCUUCUGGCUGGAUCAGAGCGCCGUGCCUGCUCGGGUGUCAUUAGGCGUAACGACACUGCUGACGAUGGCCACGCAGACAUCAGGGAUAAACGCCUCACUGCCACCGGUAUCUUACACGAAGGCUAUCGACGUUUGGACGGGGGUGUGCUUGACCUUCGUGUUCGGCGCUCUCCUCGAAUUCGCGCUAGUCAACUACGCGUCGCGCAGCGACAUGCACAGCGACAGCAUAAAGAAGCAGUUUCCGGCGAGCGAGAUGGAGCAUUCGUCGUCGAUCGAUCCAUCCUCGGAGCUGCUCGAGCCAGACGGAUCCGCCAACUUCGCCAUGAAGCCUCUGGUCCGACACCCGGAGGAUUCCAUGUCGAUGGAUAAAUUGCGGCAGUGCGAAAUACAUAUGCAACCAAGGAAAAAAAACUGCUGCAGGUCGUGGCUGUCCAAGUUCCCGACGAGGUCCAAGCGCAUCGACGUCAUCUCACGGAUCUUCUUCCCAAUCGUAUUCGCUUUCUUCAACCUCACGUACUGGUCCACGUACCUGUUUCGGGAGGAAGAGGAGGGCGAGUAAGCCACGAGGAGGAAGCGCUCGGAUCAAGGGAAGUGGCUCGCGGCCAUCCUCAACAGUUUCAAACACGACCGCAACGUUCGCGUCCUCGUCGACAGUAUCAUCGUCAUCCCCAGAAUCACAACCAUCAUCACCAUCAUCACCAUCACCAUUAUCAUCAUCAUCAGCUGUCACCGCCGCAACGUCAUCGCAACCAACUGCCGCAUAUCUACCAGCAGGACCAUCAGCAGCGUCAUCAGCGUUUUCACCCGGAUCGCUCGCCGUCGCCGUCCUUCUCGCCGUUGAACGACGACGACUGCGUCGCCGGUCGAUGUUCGCCGAGGGCGCCGCGACACUCGCGAAGAAGCUCGGCGAGAUCGUCGCCGUCGCGGUGGCCGUCGCCGGCGUCGUCGACGUCGCCCUUGGGAACGCCGUCGCGCACCAUGUCUCGGGGCGCGACACCCUCGCCGCCGAACGCGGCGUCGGUGCCAUCCACGGCGGCGCCCGCGAGCAGCUGCUGGAACCUGCCGCGUAAACUGUUCACCUGUCGUGUCCAGGGUAGCGCGAGGAUCGACUUCAUAUCGCGCAUCGCCUUUCCCCUCAUGUUCAUUCUCUUCAACUUCGCGUACUGGUGUAUUUAUCUGUUUCAAGGCGAAGACGGCGCGGUGACCAACAAGUGAGCGGAGAGAGAAAGAGAGGGAGGGAGAAAGCGUGACGGAAGAAUCGAGUUGUUGGUCGACGUUGGAUCCUUGAAAGAAGAAGAAACACGUUCGUCUCCGAUCAUCUACCGGCAUCCCGACGAGAGAGACCGUAGCAAUGUAGUUCGCUCGACCGGCCACUUCGACGAUACCUCCGCAGCCCGCGCCGCGAAACAGCGGAACAUUCCAGGACGAGAAGAUACGACGCUCGGCGGAUGAAGAUGGCUAUCACGGAUGAGGACGCAGCGACGCGUACUAUACGUUGCUACACGUUAACACGUCGUAUACGCGCGAAAACCGCGUGUAUAUAUACACACACACAGACACAGAUAGACAAACAUCGUACCUCAUGACCCACUCGGAAGACCGCGUGCCACAGACUGAACUGAAAGCGUAGUGGGCCCUGUAUAGCCACGGCCUGUAAACGAUUAAAAAAACAGAGGGAAAAAGAGUCGCAACAAAUUUAUAACUAACUAAUACCUACGUUUCCGCACGUCGACGAGCGAGCUCAUCGGCGCGCGCAGCACUCUCGCACCGAGCAUCACGGCCCGGUUCGUCGUUGCGAAAUUAAAACGGCGAACGGUCUCGAUCAAGUUUUAAUUCGCCUUAAGACCGGGACGAUCGCUCCUUCGUUCGUACAAGGGUGUUGUUUGACGAAGAAACGAUCGGCGUCGCCCACUCUUAAGGCCGUGUCGCGCACACACGCACAGGGGAGGGAAUGUUUGACGACGGGAAACACUCUAGGCGUGUGUACACCGGGUGUCAAACAUUCCGGUAGUGAACCUCCCGCGUGUACGAUGCCUCGCUGGUACGAGCUGGCUGGGUUUUCGAGCCUAGCGGCCUCCCGUGUUUCGUAUCUUUCGAUUUCUCUCACCCCGCUGUAAUUUGUAAAAAGGAGACGAGGGAGGGGGCCGCGAGGCUGAGAAGAUUGAGAGAAAACGAUCGCGAUGCUUACGUACAGCGGACUUCCGAUCAGCAGUGCGCGUCUUGAUAUCGCUAGGAGUAAUCCUUGUUCCGCCUUUCCCCGAGAACGUUUCCUUUCUUUCGUCUCUCACGGGGACGUCCGAAUAAGGAUUAACGUCAACGGGACACGCGAGCUGGCGAGCGGCGGUACGAAGUGUCGACGGUCUCGCGGCUUCCUGUUUUUUCCGCCGCCCCGGGCCGACGCGGCUCGGGGCUCUCUCACGUAUUGCUCAUGAGAGAUCGAGGACGCCACGCGCGCGGAGGACUCGUCGGCGCGGCGUCGUCGACCUCGCGGACGGAAUGAAGAGAAACGACGAAGAAGACACGCGGAAAUGUGCUCACUCACUAAAGCGAUAGUUGUAUUUUUUGAAAAUACGAGACGUCACCCUCACUGGACAGAGCCGCGUCAUCAUCGAUAAAACAAUCCUCGACACAACCCCCCCUCUGUGGUGACGGACGGCGGAGGGAAGCGCCGCGCCGAGUUCGUUUCAACGGGGAAAAAGUCCUCGAUCGCGUCCCUCCCCCGUGCGUAUCUUCCCUCUUACUUCGUGCGACCGGACACUACGCGCGCGCGUAUCUAAUAAGAAGUGAGGAUCUUGCGGGCUCCGCCCGCGACUUUGGUACACGAAUCGUUUCGAGGGACUGAUUUCAAGCAACCUUUAUGCUGUCGCAGCAAACAAAUCAAUACAUCUUUCUUGAAUAUUGCUCAAUAUUAGAGAAGUUGGCUUUUGGGAUCGUUUGAUGAAAAACGCGAGCAUACGUCCCGUUCUUCAUAAAACCGGAGGUCGAGUCUUGAAAUACACGUCUUAUAAUAUAUGGACGGUACUUGAGAAACGCCUUAUAUAUUUAUUUAUUUGCCGCGACAGCAUGCAAUUUGCCGAAUGAUUUUUCCCCGCAUAGGACGCGCGUUGUGCCUGGGAUCGGAAGCGCGCGCAAAUCGAACUUCUUCCACGAUCGCCGCGACUCGACGUUAUCUUCGGAAACUUCUGUCCCUCAGACGCAACGUGCCUCCCACGAGUUCCAGAACGGAAGCUUGUCCUCACGAAAGCGCGCGGUAAUAUCGUCGUAAUGUGCUAAUAUCAGUGUCAUUCACUGUGUGUGUGUGUUUUUUUAUAACGAAUCGCCGCACUCUUUUCGAAAAUCUUAUCGUGUUACGGUUUUAGGAGUUAUAAGCUAACGUGUUAUGGCAAACGUUUGUAUUUGCGGCUCAAGCGAGAUCAUCCGGACGGACUUCCCGCAGGCGCGAAACGACCGAGUAAUCGCGAGCAAGCAAGCUUACUUUUCGUUCGGCCGGUGCACCUUGUUUUUCCUUCCGCUAAUUCCCUUCGAGACAAAGCUCCGAUCGCCAUUUUCCGCACCUCGUCGCGAUAAAAUUGUCAUCUCAACCGGACGCGAAAUCGAACGGAAUCUGCCUCCAAGGAACGCACACCGUAAUCUCUCGACUCGUUGUCGAGUUCCUCUCGCUUCACGACGAUGAGAGGAGGUCAACGUAGCCGUGUGUAUUGGCGUAAAGGUAAUGUGUGUGUUCUUCUCGAUGGAAUAGAAGAAAGUCCGAGAAUGUUCCAGCACCGUCGAUGUUACGCGUAUACGCGUGAAAUAUUCGCUUCGCGCGUGUGCAACGAAGCACGCGACGUUAUCAUGAGCGGAAUGACGUCGGCAAUAACCCGGAAGGCUAAUUUCUCGCUCGUGCGGCGUUAGUCUUGCGUAAAGCAAUUAGGCUCAGAGUUGGCAAGUGAUGCGUUACUUGCCGUUAAAAAGUUACUUUCUUCAAUAACGCGCGACUAUAUAUAUAACGGUUAUACAUAACAACGUUAUUGAUUUAUAUUUUUCACUCAUAACGCGUUAUUUUUCACAGUGGGUAUCGAAGAACGACGAUGAGUCACUAAAAAAAGAAAAAAAAGAAUAACUUGCCAACUCUGAUUAGAUCAUAGAUACAGCGCAG